AUGAAGUUGAUCCUCUCCACCUCGAACCUUAUGCAAAGCGGCCGGCCGUCUGUCAUUCGCCAGCCGAUCACACAAAAGUCCAACGUUGAACUGAUCAACUCCCUGCGCGCGAAUUUCCAGGCCUCACAGCACAUUGAACCGUCCACCAGCGGGUCCCAGACGAACGGCAACGGAACUUCUAACGGCCAUACGAACGGAUCGCAUUCUACAAAAGACCACAGUUAUUGGACAAGAGAACAGGAUGGAGCCCUUUAUAUCCCUGCGAUCGACUUCUCACAGCCCGGAUUGGCCGAGGAGCGGUCUCAAUACGAUAUCACGGUGAAAUUAUUCUAUCUACCAGGAAUUCCGGCGUCUCGGCGAUGCGCACACACAAGAGAGGCGAUUGAUUUGGUAUUGAAAGAGCUACACGUGGAGUCUAUCGAUCUGCUCAUUGUGUCCUUCCCGGGUAUUCUCUUCGAUGCGGACGACGACAGCGACGAGGAGGACGCUGAAACCACCGGCGAACCCGAUGACUUCGACAGCAUGGUGCAGACCUGGCGGACACUCGAGUCGCUGCAUGAGCAGGGCAUGAUCGCCCAGCUGGGCGUGGCAGAGUUUGGCAGCGAACGGUUGGCACGCUUCCUGUCGCAUACCAAGGUGAAGCCUUCCGUCGACCAAAUCAACCUCAAGGACUGCUGUGUCGUUCCUAAGUCCUUGAUUAUGUACGCCAAGCAAGAGAAGAUUCAGCUUCUUACUCAUAAUGACUGCAAUGAUAUUCUUCCAGUGGGUAUGACGCGAGAGCUUCUAGGCCCGACAGACAAGGGCGCAGGCAUCCUGGCUUCUGCUCCCGAGGCGAAUGAUGGGAUCCAAGGAGACGUUGAGCCACAGUGGGUGGUCAAGUAUACUGCAGUUGUGAAGGAUCGCGGAGUGGUUGAGAACAAGGGGUAUUUCGCUCUGGCAGAUGUUGGUACAUGCCUCAAUUCGCGGCCAUGA